CUACGAACAGGCUUGUACCACAUUCGUUAUUAUGCAAUCCCACAAAUAAGCAUUUUUUAUAACGAGUAUAAGCAUUUCGUUAAGAUAACCUUAUUAGUUUUAAUAAAUCUACUACUACUUACCAUUACAAACAGGAAAUUGUACCUAUCUUCGCUUUCCUGAAUUCUUCGAUCCAAACUCUUGGCCGUGUUCUCUCUUUGUAUCUUUAUUCUUUUCCUACGUUUUUAGUUGUUUUUACGAAGUAUUGAGACUUUUUCCACGUUAGUUGUUGCUGGACUUUAGAAACCAAAAAAUAAGAAAAACUUCUCUACAAUGCCACGCAUAAGAACAUCACGGACCAAACGUCCUCCAGAAGGAUUUGAAGAAAUUGAGCCAACGUUAUUAGAAUUCCAAGAGAGAAUGAGACAAGUGGAAAAUACAACCGGAAAAGGUUCAAAAUCGGAGUCUCUAGCUCCUAUUUUUCAACUUCAUCAUCAACGUAGCCGUUAUGUCUACGACCUUUAUUACAAACGAGAAGCCAUUUCUUCUGAGCUUUACAACUGGCUGCUAAAACAGAAUUACGCUGAUGCAAAUCUAAUUGCAAAGUGGAAAAAGCCUGGCUACGAAAAAUUGUGUUGCCUUCGUUGCAUUCAAACCGCAGAAUCGAAGUUUGGUUCCACUUGUAUAUGUCGUGUCCCCAAAGCCAAACUCGGCAAAGAUGCUCCCAGUACUUGCGUACAUUGUGGCUGUAGAGGUUGUGCUAGUGGUGAUUAAAAUCGGUGCAAAUCAUCUAAAAAUAAAAACAUCGUCAUGCCAUACUCAUGUUCAUAAAAUUAAUAUUAUUCAAAAAUGCAACUUAGUAUAUAAUGUAUAUCGACAAAGAACGUCAAAUGCAUAGUGAAGAG